ACAAUUGAUUGUGCUACCUUGAUGCAUUCUGCUCGCUUCCAACGGAGUUAUUUUACGCGUGAAUUGCCUUAUAUUCGCAGACCUUUUCGUUGCAGUCCUCAUUUUGUACCCGGUGACAAAAGUUUUAUUUCAACAAUAUGAAGGUAGUGCACCUGUUCUUCUUCUCUAUUGGUCGAAGCAUGACUACAGUACCCACGAAACCCUGCGCUCAGCCUCUCGCUCACUCUGUGCUCUGCGCCAGUCUGUUCAGGGAACCAGUUCGCUUGGCCUUUUUUCUGCCUUCUCACUGUUGCCUGGUGUCAACCUACACCCAGUAGACAUAUCCCUCCCUCUUCAACGACUGCUUCCAAUUUGCCUUCACUUUUCUUAUCACAAGGACUAUUGGCUUUUUGCGCUGCCAGUCAGGCGCCUCUACCGUAGCUGGAGUUUAGUAGCAACAGCUCGGAAACAUCUGGCUGCCGCAGCCCUUCUCUGUCCGCUCGCUCGGUCCGUCUUUCCUGCCACUGCAGGUUGUUAUGGACAUUUGUUGAAAGUCAAUCUAGUUAUUUUUCAGCCUCAAUAGGAUUUUACGAAGGACGCAGGAAGACAUUGGAGCUUGUUGUCUGUUAUGAAGACAUCAUGGAGUUCCCAGACCACAGCAGACAUUUGCUACAGUGUCUGAGUGAGCAGAGGCAUCAGGGUUUCCUUUGUGAUUCCACUGUGCUGGUCGGCGAUGCCCAGUUCCGGGCCCAUCGAGCAGUGCUGGCUUCAUGCAGCAUGUACUUCCAUCUCUUUUACAAGGACCAGCUGGACAAAAGGGACAUUGUUCAUCUGAACAGCGACAUUGUUACAGCCCCAGCGUUUGCUCUCCUGCUGGAGUUCAUGUACGAGGGGAAGCUCCAGUUCAAAGCCCUGCCCGUGGAGGAUGUGCUGGCUGCUGCCAGCUUCCUCCACAUGUACCACAUUGUCAAGGUCUGCAAGAAGAAGCUGAAGCACAAAGCCACUGCGGAGGCAGACAGCACCAAGAAGGAGGAGGACGCUUCCAGCUGCUCUGACAAACUAGAGAGCUUCUCCGAGGGCAGCAUGGGCCAACCAGCCACAGCUGACCUAUUGCCCAGUGACGAUGAGGACCUGGAGUCCAAGCAGGACCCCAGUAGCCUGUGGAUAAGGCUACCCACUGACCGGGCAGGCACCCCGGCCACUGCCACCAGCCCAGGGGAAGAUGACGCCCAUGGCAGUCCCCCCAAGCUGCAAUCCCCAACUGGCAGCCCCAGCAGCUCUAUAGGCUCCCUGUCCCGGAGGUCUGUGGGCUCCCGUAGAGUGUCGUCGGAUGCAGACUGUGUCCUGGACCUGUCUGUGAAGUCCAGCCUGACUGGGCCCAGCGAGGCCUUGUCCAAUAACCCUUACUUCUGUGGUGUGGUGAUGCCAGAUAGCCUGCAGGGCACCCUGGUCCAGGUGAAGCAGGAGAAGAACACGGGCUCAGACCAUGAGGACCUGGUGAGUGGUGACUACGAGAUGGACCACAGCGGGCCCAAAGCCACCCCUCCCAGAACCAACGGAGGUCUGAACCACCACUUGGUCAGCAGCCAUGCUCACAGACGCCUGGAGGCCCACCUGUCAGCACUGCGUGAUGCCACCCUGGCCAGUGAACUGGAGCGUGACGACAAGGUCAGCAAUAAUGACAUGCUGGGCGGAGAGAGUGAAAGGGCCCAGGUUGAGACGGCCAGCAUCGACAGCACCCUGCUGCCCUACGUGUCCAAUAUGCUGAACGCCCCUCACACUCAGAUCUUCAUGUGCCCGCUGUGCAACAAGGUGUUUCCCAGUCCGCACAUCCUCCAGAUCCACCUCAGCACACACUUUCGCGAGCAGGAAGGCGUGCGCGCCAAGCCCGCCAGCGACAUCAACGUGCCCACCUGCUCCAUCUGCGGCAAGACGUUCUCCUGCAUGUACACCCUGAAGCGCCACGAGCGGACUCACUCUGGAGAGAAGCCAUACACAUGCACCACGUGCGGUAAGAGCUUCCAGUACUCUCACAACCUGAGCCGGCACGCUGUGGUGCACACCCGAGAGAAGCCGCACGCCUGCAAGUGGUGCGAGCGGCGCUUCACCCAGUCUGGGGACCUGUACCGCCACAUCCGCAAGUUCCACUGCGAACUGGUCAACUCGCUCUCUGUCAAGAGUGAAGGCCUCAACCUACCCACCCUCCACAGGGACUGGACCAUAGAGGAUAGUUCUCAAGAACUGUGGAAGUGAAGCCUGCUGAAAUAAUCAGGACUCCUUUGUUUUUAAGCUAAAUGAGUGAGGUGUCAGUGAAGGUUGGGCAGAGAGGUAAGGGAGUUGGAGCACGGGUUGUGGGUAGGAGAGGGGUCUGAUUUAGUCAUGUUUCUUGUACGUACAUUACAACAUCUGGUUAAAUGGCACUUUAAUAGAACAUGAAGAUGUUACUACUGUUUUCAGUUCCAGUCCUUUGUUCUGUUCUAAUCUUUUAUUUGUUCAGAUUUAGUUCAAUAUAAAAAAACAUGGGCGCUGGAAUCAACAGCCAGUUGUCAUCUUCUUGUGUAUAGAUACACUCCUUAAUCUAAGGCACACCUUCAACAACAACCAUAUGAAGUGUUCAGGUAACACACUGACGUUGAAGAUUAUUAGAAUACACUAAACGGGUACUGCUCAUCAAUUUAUACCAGUACACAUAUGUGUGUGUGUAUUAAUAUGUGUGUAUAUAGUGCACUAUAUUUUUAUUAUCAAAUUUCAUUGGUGUGUGUGUGCGUUUGCGUGUGUGUGUGUGUGUGUGUGUGUUUAAGGAAACUGGGAAGAGGUCUGCUCUAACAAGCUUCUGCUCCUUAAGCUCUUGACUGAUGAAAGACAUAUGGCACUCGUGCAAUGUACAGCUUCCUUUUUCACAUGAAUUCAAGUAUUUUCUAAAAUUCUUUAUGAAUGAUUAUUAUACAAUUUCUUAAAUCUAUCUGCUGCCUUUAAACAUCCCUUUAUUUUCAUUUGGCUGUAUCCUAUAGGUUUCUGUAGUCAUUAUGGAUUUAUUUUUGGAAAAUGGGAUCUGAUAUUGCAUGAAGUCCAACCUGUAUAUUUAAAAUGUGAAUUACUGUAUAACUGUACACUGUAAUUGAGCAAAUAUAGAACAGACUAUGUGAAUAUCCACGGGUGCAGUCGGUUAAGAAACACGGAAUAUUCCAGUUAUGGAAAAUGCAUGAAUAUGAUUUAUCUUACAUUUUCUUGUUGUUUUUUUUUUUUUUUUUUUU